AUGCGAGUGGCACCAACCAGCUUCCCCGAACUCGGACAGCUUCGGACCGCGAUCGUACACGCGCACGCACAGGGUCGCCUGCAGGAGGCGGUAGCUCUCAACUGCAUUGCGCUCUUGCUGUCGCCGCAAGACGGGACUACGCAUACCAACGCCGGUGCCUUCUACUACGAGGUGCAGCGAAACGUACGCAUCGGCUGUUGCCUUGGCCCCGAGUACGCGCUCGGUCUCUACAACUAUGGUACCGCGCUGUUAAAGCGGCGGGCGUGGCACGACGUUGUCUCCCUCUUCUGGCAACGGCUGGGCUUCCGCAAUCAUGUUGCCCAAGUGCCGUCCAUGCUGGGGAUACAAGCGCUGGUACAUGUGCUCUUGCUGGACACGAUGCCGACGCCCGUUGCCGACUGCACCCAACGACUGCUCUGCGAGAAGUACGGCGUGCAUUUUGCACCCAACUCGACACUGGGCGCGUUGGCUGACGCCACAGCGGCCUGCGAGCGCAGUAUGAAUGUGACGGCGAUCGCCGUGGGCCACACGCUCGGCGACGUCUUGGACCAUGUUCGUCGGUCGUCGCGAUGGGAGCGAGAAGCCAGCAACAGUGUUCUCUUGUACCCGCGCGUUGAUUCACAGGACGCUUGGGUGUUCCGUGCACCGAUUUCUGCUGUCGACAUGGCAGUACCGCUGGGCUACCCGCGCUCCGACUCGCAUGCGGCUCACCGGUUGCGCCAACUGGGCUACGACGUGGUCAACUGGGGCCGCUACGUACGCGCUAUGCACGUGCACGCCAGUAGCAGCCGGUCGUACGCCGAGGCCGACACCAUCCGGGGAGCGGACGCGUACGUGCGGCUCGCACCGUCGCUGCCAUCCAACUCGAAACAACAGCAAAGAUAA